UCUUCACAUGCGUGUGUGCACGAUGUGUAUAUAUACACACACACACAUCUCAUGCUAUGCUCUCGAUAGGAUUAAUCGCACGUCGAAGCAAAAGCAACUCGAAAAGGCCAAACGAGGAAAAGCAAAAGCAUUCGCAAAAGUGACUCUCAAAAGGCAAAAACCCCGAAACGACACGACAGCUUCAGUCCAAUGGAAGACGACGGGGACGCCCCGCCCCCGUUCUGGCUCCAGUCCGGUCGGCAGUCCCGCCGCCGUGGGUCAUCAUCGUCGGCCAUUGGGUCCGGGGCCGUGGUGGUGCUUCUGUUCGCCGCCGCACUGGCCCUCGUCUUCAUCGCAGUCCCCUCGGUCCUCUCCGUCACCUCUAAGAUCUUCCGGCCCCAAGUCGUGAAGAGGAGCUGGGACUCCCUCAACUUGGUGCUCGUCCUCUUCGCGAUUAUCUGCGGGUUCCUUAGCCGGAACUCCGCCGGCGGCAAUGGGAGCUCGUACGGCGAGUCCCGGAGCUUCGACUCCAGAGCUUCCCUCAAGUCAAGCCCUUCAACGCCGCGGGAGCAGUGGUUCGGGGACUCUGAUCAGGCAGUGUAUGAUCGCCCGAGGUCGUUUAACCGGCUGAGGAGCAGCAGCUCGUACCCCGAUCUGCGGCAAGAGCCCCUGUGGCCGGCGCAGGCCUAUGAUCGGAGGCGGUUUUUCGAUGACAGCCAGAUCUACCGGAGCAGAAAAUGGAGAGAUAUUGAAGAGGAACAGCAAGGAGGAGGAGGAAAAGGAAAUGGCGACCAUGGCUAUGGUGGGACGACUGAGGCCGAAGCCGAGGCCAAGACCAUUCACGUGGAUAGUGUAGAAGUUCAAGAAAUGGAAGUUUCAGUUUCACAGAGGCCGCAACAGCAGGAGCCUCCUCUUGCAGCUGAUCAGUCUGUUCCGCCACCAGAGCCAGCGGCGGAACACACUUCCCCGGCGCCACCAAACGGCUCUUCUGCACCGGCCAGGGCAACCAAGAGGAAGCCCAAGAGAACCAGUGAAGCUCUGUCGCACGAGCCGGAGGAAGAAGGUGUCAAAGUCAUCCACACUUACAAGCUUCCGCCGACUCCGCCGCCGCCGCCGCUGCCGACGGCAUUCGAUUACUAUGCCACUCCAAAGAGUGACAAGAAUGAGAAGAAGAGAGGAGGGUCGGCGACCAAGGAUUUCAUAAGAUCGCUCGGAAGGAAGAAGAAGCAGAGGCAGAAGAGCAUCGAGAGCUUCGAGAGCCUCCUCCUCAGCUCCACGCAGCCUCAGUCUCGCCUCCCGCCACCGUCUCUGCCGCCGCCGCCGCCGCCGCCACUUCCCCCACCACCUUCCGUGUUUCACAACCUGUUCUCUUCCAAGAAAGGCAAGAGCAAGAAAGACCGCCAGCCUCCUCCCCCUCCUCCGCCUCCGCCUCCGCCUCCGCGGCCGUCAUCGUCCCGAGCCACGAAGACCAGAACGCAGGCUGCAAUCUCCCAGCCCAGCCCGAACACGACGAUCAUUCCUCGGAGACCUCUGGCACCAGCGAAUCCAAUCCGCUACAACGAUUCCGUAAACUUAGGAAACAGAUCGCCGCUGAUCCCGAUCUCGCCGCCGCCCCCUCCACCGCCUUUCAAGGUUCCGGACUGGAAGUUCUCGGUGCGUGGGGGCUACGUGAGGAUCAGAAGCAGCGGUGGCGUCUCCAGGGGCAGCUCGCCGGACAUAAUGGAGGAGGAGCAAGCCUCUCUGGGUGGAGAGAUGAGCCCAUCGAGCCUGUCGGCGGCGUCUGCCAGCGAAAUGUCGGAGCCGAGCUCGCCGGCGAUAUUCUGCCCGAGCCCUGACGUGGACACGAAGGCGGACAACUUCAUCGCCAGGUUCAGGGCUGGCUUGCAGUUGGAGAAGGUGAACUCAAUGAAGCAGAGGACCCGGUCCAACCUGGGCCGUGAUCCGGACCCGGGCCCAUCACUGUGAAAACCCGGCCCAUCAAGCCCAAAUCAUUUUUUUGCCCUUUUAUUUAUAAGUUAAUUAAUUAUUUUUUAAUAAUUUUUUGGGAGUCAUAUAGAGCAAUUUGAAAGUUGUUAUGAGGUAUACUAUCAGAGUGUGAAUUCUGCCUCUCACGUACACUAGAUAGGUUCCUUGUUGCAUAGUAGUUGAUAUCGGCUAAAUUAAGGACACGGGUUGAUCGAUGUUGGAUUUCGAUUUUUCCUUUCCAUUUUUGGAAAAUUAAGGUGUAGAUUAAGGUUUUUGGGUGACAAGAAAGGGGGAUGAUCGGGGAGUGUGAGCAUAUCGUACGGAGUUUCUAAGCUCUCAUAUUGAUACUUUGGGAGGUGGCAAUAAGGAGAACCUGUUUAAUGUCAGUGACUCAGUGUGUGUCUGUGUCCUGGAUUGGAACUUAGCUAUCCGUACUUUCAUGCU